GCCCGGCCGACGGGGCUUUGUCUCCUUUGUUCCCCGCGGUGGCAGCUCCGCGGCGGGAGGGCGGGCAGCGGGCGCAGUUUUCCCGCCCCUCGGUCUCCGGGUAACAGCUGCUGCGACGCCAGACCCACCUCCGGGGCGAGGGGGUGGGCAGCGAGGUCGCCGCGCGCAGAUCCCGAGCCGAGCCCGAGCCCGUGGCGGCCGGCGCCCGCCUCACCGCUCGUCCCGCGGGGCCCGGCCGGGUGGUGACUCCUCCACAGGUCAUGCUGUUGUCUCCUGACCCAGCUGGCCCUGCCAGGUGACCAUGCCUGCCCUUGGCCCAGCUCUUCUCCAGGCGCUCUGGGCGGGGUGGGUGCUCACCCUCCAGCCCUCUCCCCCGGCGGCCUUCACUCCCAAUGGCACACAUCUGCAGCACCUGGCACGGGAUCCCACCUCGGGCACCAUCUACCUGGGGGCCACCAACUUCCUGUUUCAGCUGAGCCCAGGGCUACAGCUAGAGGCCACCGUGCCCACGGGCCCUGUCCUAGAUAGCAGGGACUGCCUGCCACCUGUGGUGUUUGAUGAGUGCCCUCAGGCACAGCCUACCAACAACUUGAACCAGCUGCUGCUGGUGAGCCCAGGGGCCCUGGUGGUGUGCGGGAGUGUGCACCAGGGGGUCUGCGAGCAGCGGGGCCUGGGGGAGCUCCAGCAGCUACUGCUGCGGCCGGAGCGGCCUGGGGACACCCAGUAUGUGGCUGCCAAUGACCCUGAGGUCAGCACGGUGGGACUGGUGGCCCAGGGCUCAGCUGGGGAGCCCCUCCUGUUUGUGGGGCGGGGAUACACCAGCAGGGGUGUGGGGGGUGGCAUCCCUCCCAUCACAACCCGGGCCCUGCAGCCAUCAGACCCCCAGGCUGCCUUCUCCUACGAGGAGACGGCCAAGCUGGCCGUAGGCCGCCUGUCUGAGUACAGCCACCAUUUCGUGAGCGCCUUCGCGCGCGGGGCCAGCGCCUACUUUCUGUUCCUGCGACGGGACCUGCAGGCUCAGUCUAGAGCCUUUCGUGCCUAUGUGUCCCGCGUGUGCCUCCGGGACCAGCACUAUUACUCCUACGUGGAGUUGCCCCUGGCCUGCCAGGGCGGCCGCUACGGGCUGAUCCAGGCUGCAGCUGUGGCCAUGUCCAGGGAGGUGGCCCAGGGGGAGGUGCUCUUUGCAGCUUUCUCCUCGGCUGCUCCGUCCACUGUGGGCCGGCCCCCGGCGGCAGCUGCCGGGGCAUCUGGGGCCUCUGCCCUCUGUGCCUUCCCCCUGGACGAAGUGGACCGCCUUGCUAAUCUCACACGUGAUGCCUGCUACACUCGGGAGGGCCGCACGGAGGAUGGGGCCGAGGUGGCCUACAUCGAGUAUGAUGUCAAUUCCGACUGUGCACAGCUGCCCGUGGAUACCCUGGAUGCUUAUCCCUGUGGCUCGGACCACACACCCAGCCCCAUGGCCAGCCGUGUCCCCCUGGAAGCCACGCCGGUUUUAGAGUGGCCAGGAGUUCAGCUAACAGCUGUGGCAGUCACCAUGGAGGAUGGACACACUAUUGCUUUCCUGGGUGACAGUCAAGGGCAGCUGCACAGGGUGUACUUGGGCCCGAAAAGUGAUGGCCGCCCGUACUCCACACAGAGCAUCCAGCAGGGGUCUGCGGUGAGCAGAGACCUCACCUUUGAUGGGUCCUUCGAGCACCUGUAUGUCAUGACCCAGAGCACACUUCUCAAGGUUCCUGUGGCCUCCUGUGCUCAGCACCUGGACUGUGUAUCUUGUCUUGCUCACAGGGACCCAUACUGUGGGUGGUGUGUGCUCCUUGGCAGGUGCUGUCGCCGUUCUGAGUGCUCGCGGGGCCAGGACCCAGAGCCAUGGCUGUGGAGCUUCCAGCCUGAGCUGGGCUGUCUGCAGGUGGCAGCCAUGAGUCCUGCCAGCAUCAGCCGAGAGGAGAGGAGGGAGGUUUUCCUGUUGGUACCUGACCUGCCACCCCUGUGGCUGGGGGAGUCAUAUUCCUGCCACUUUGGGGAAUACCAGAGUCCUGCCCUGCUGACCGGUUCUGGUGUGAUGUGCCCCUCCCCAGACCCCAGUGAAGCCCCGGCGCUGCCGAGAGGAGCCGACCACGUUUCCGUGAGCGUGGAGCUCAGAUUUGGCACUGUCGUGAUUGCCAGAGCCUCCCUCUCCUUCUAUGACUGUGCGGCCAUCACUGACCUUCACCAGUCUGCGCAGUGCCAGGCCUGCGUGAGCAGCCGCUGGGGGUGUAACUGGUGUGUCUGGCAGCACCUGUGUACGCACAAGGCCUCGUGUGAUUCCGGGCCCAUGGUGGUCAGCCAACAGAGCCCGCUGCUCUCCCCAGCCCCUCCGACAAAAGAUGCACCCACCCCCUCCCCGCCUACAGCUCCCAAGGCCACGGUCACCCCUGCUCCUGACACCCUUCCCGCCAAGCCUGGGGCUCCCUCCUCAGCCACAGCCUCAGAUAUCCUACGUGGGGCCGGGCCUUCCCUGCUCAGCCCCUGGGGGCCGUGGGCAGGUCCUAGCCCCACGAAUGGCUCAGCCUCCACAGAGUCGCCCCUCCAGGAGGAGCCCCGCCUUCCCCACCCCCUGGACAGACCUGCAGCCACUGCCCCUGCUCUCACUGCCUCUGAACCCACGGCCACACCUGACGACCUCUUGGCCUCCCCCCCAUCGCCCUCAGAUGCAGAGGCACUGUCCCCUGCCCCUGCGGACUUCCCCUCCGCGGUACACCGGGACCACCCCCCCAGCACUGCUCCCACCACCACUUUCCCAGGGGCCGCUGGCUCCACGAAGCCUGCUCUGGACUGGCUCAUGAGAGAAGGCGGCGAGCUGCCUGAGGCGGACGAGUGGACAGGGGGUGACACGCCCACCUUCUCCACUUCCACCCUCCUCUCAGGUGAUGGCGACUCGGCUGAGCACGAGGGCCCUCCCGCCCCCCUCAUUCUCCUGUCCAGCCUCGACUACCAGUACGACACCCCCGGGCUCUGGGAGCUGGAAGAGGUGAACCGGGGUGCAGGCGCCUGCCCCUGUGUGGAGAGCGUCCAGGGCUCCACGCUGAUGCCGGUGCACGUGGAGCGAAAAGUGCAGCUGCUCGGCCGGAACCUGCGCCUCCUCCAGGACAGCCCCGGAGACAAUGAGUGUGUGAUGGAGCUGGAGGGCCGUGAGGUGGUGGUUGCGGCCCAGGUCGAGUGUGAGGUGCCUCCAGAUACCCGGUGCCACGUCACGUGCCAGCAGCACCAGCUCAGCUACGCGGCUCUGCAGCCAGAGCUCCGCGUGGGGCUGUUCCUGCGCCGGGCCGGCCGUCUGCGCGUGGACAGCGCACACGGGCUUCACGUGGUGCUGUACGACUGUUCCGUGGGGCACGGGGACUGCAGCCACUGCCAGACUGCCCUGCCCCAGUACGGCUGUGUGUGGUGCAAGGGGGACAGUCCACGCUGCGUGGCUCGGGAGGCCUGUGCGGAGGCCGAGGCCGUGGCCACCCAGUGCCCUGCACCCCUCAUCCACUCGGUGGAGCCACUGACUGGGCCUGUAGACGGAGGUACCCGUGUCACCAUCAGGGGCUCCAACCUGGGCCAACAUGUACAGGACGUGCAGGACACGGUCAGGGUGGCUGGAGUGCCCUGUGUGGUAGACGCUCAGGAAUACGAGGUCUCCAGCAGCCUCGUGUGCAUCACUGAGGCCAGUGGGGAGGAAGUGGCAGGCGCUGUGGCAGUGGAGGUCCCUGGAAGAGGACGUGGCGUCUCAGAGCAUGACUUUGCCUAUCAGGACCCAAAGGUGCAUUCCGUCUUCCCCUCACGAGGCCCCAGAGCGGGGGGCACCCGCCUCACCCUGCGCGGCUCCAAGCUCCUGACUGGGCGGCUGGAGGACAUCCGAGUGGUAGUUGGAGACCAGCCUUGUCACCUGCUGCAGGGGCAGCAGGCGGAGCAGCUGUGGUGCGAGACCAGCCCACACCCCACGCCUGCCACACUCCCUGUGGCUGUGUGGUUUGGAGCCACGGAGCGGAAGCUGCAACACAGCCAGUUUGAGUACACGUCAGACCCCAACAUCACCUCUGCUGGCCCCACCAAGAGCUUCCUCAGUGGAGGACGUGAGAUAUGGGUUCGAGGCCAGAAUUUGGAUGUGGUACAGACACCGAGAAUCCGAGUGACUGUGGCGCCAAGAGCACUGCAGCCGGGCCAGGGGCCUGGGCGGAGGCGCCGUGUGGCCCCGGAGACAGCGUGCUCCCCUGGCGCCUCCUGUGGCGGACAUCACUUUGAGGAGCCCUGCCACGUGAAGUCCUCCCAGCUCAUCACGUGCCGUACACCUGCCCUCCCGGGCCUGCCCCAAGACCCCUGGGUCCGGGUAGAAUUUAUCCUCGACAACCUGGUCUUUGACUUCGCCGCGCUGAACCCUACACCCUUCUCCUAUGAAGCUGAUCCCACUCUGCAACCCCUCAACCCUGAGGACCCCACCACACCGUUCCGGCACAAGCCUGGGAGUGUGCUCUCCGUGGAGGGGGAGAAUCUGGACCUUGCGAUGUCCAAGGAGGAGGUCGUGGCCAUGAUAGGGGCUGGCUUCUGUGUGGUGAAGACGCUGACUCGGCACCACCUGUACUGCGAGCCCCCUGCGGAACAGCCCCCGCCCCUCCGGGAAGCACCUGACGCUUUGCCUGAGUUCAUGGUGCAGAUGGGAAACCUGCGCUUCUCCCUGGGCCACGUGCAGUAUGAUGGCGAGAGCCCCGUGGCUUUUCCCAUGGCAGCCCAGGUGGGCUUGGGUGUGGGCAUCUCUCUGCUGGCUCUGGGAGUCAUCGUCAUUGUCCUCAUGUACAGGAGGAAGAGCAAGCAGGCCCUGAGGGACUACAAGAAGGUCCAGAUCCAGCUGGAGAAUCUGGAGAGCAGUGUGCGGGACCGCUGCAAGAAGGAGUUCACGGACCUUAUGACCGAGAUGACGGAUCUCACUAGUGACCUUCUGGGCAGCGGCAUUCCCUUCCUUGACUAUAAGGUGUAUGCUGAGAGAAUCUUCUUCCCCGGGCACCAGGAGUCGCCCUUGCACCGGGACUUGGGUGUGCCUGAGAGCAGGCGGCCUACUGUGGAACAAGGGCUAGGGCAGCUCUCCAACCUGCUCAACAGCAAGCUCUUCCUCACCAAGUUCAUCCACACCCUGGAGAGCCAGCGCACCUUCUCAGCUCGGGACCGCGCCUACGUGGCAUCUCUGCUCACUGUGGCACUGCAUGGGAAGCUUGAGUACUUCACGGACAUCCUCCGCACCCUGCUCAGUGACCUGGUGGCCCAGUAUGUGGCCAAGAACCCCAAGCUGAUGCUGCGCAGGACAGAGACCGUGGUGGAGAAGCUGCUCACCAACUGGAUGUCCAUCUGCCUCUACACUUUUGUCAGGGACGCCGUAGGGGAACCUCUGUACAUGCUCUUCCGUGGGAUUAAGCAUCAAGUAGAUAAGGGUCCGGUGGACAGCGUGACUGGCAAAGCCAAGUACACCCUGAAUGACAACCGCCUUCUCAGAGAGGACGUGGAGUACCGUCCCCUGACCUUGAAUGUGCUGUUGGCUGUGGGGCCUGGGGCAGGAGAGGCCCAGGGCGUGCCUGUGAAGGUCCUGGACUGUGACACCAUCUCCCAGGCCAAAGAGAAGAUGCUGGACCAGCUUUAUAAAGGAGUGCCUCUCGCCCAGCGGCUGGACCCUCGCACCUUGGAUGUCGAGUGGCGGUCUGGGGUGGCCGGGCAUCUCAUUCUUUCGGACGAGGAUGUGACUUCUGAGGUCCAAGGUCUAUGGAGGCGCCUGAAUACCCUGCAGCACUACAAGGUCCCAGAUGGAGCAACUGUGGCUCUGGUUCCCUGCCUCACCAAGCACGUUCUUCGGGAAAACCAGGAUUACGUCCCUGGAGAGAGGACUCCAAUGCUGGAGGAUGUGGAUGAGGGGGGCAUCCGGCCCUGGCACCUGGUGAAGCCAAGUGAGGAGCCGGAGCCACCCAGGCCGAGGAGGGGCAGCCUUCGGGGUGGGGAGCGAGAGCGAGCCAAGGCCAUCCCUGAAAUCUACCUGACCCGCCUGCUGUCCAUGAAGGGCACCCUGCAGACGUUUGUGGACGACCUGUUCCAGGUGAUUCUCAGCACCAGCCGCCCUGUGCCCCUCGCUGUAAAGUACUUCUUUGACCUGCUGGAUGAGCAGGCGCAGCUGCAUGGCAUCUCCGACCAGGACACUGUCCACAUCUGGAAGACCAACAGCUUGCCGCUGAGGUUCUGGAUCAAUAUCAUCAAAAACCCACAGUUUGUGUUCGACGUGCAGACGUCUGAUAACAUGGAUGCAGUGCUCCUGGUCAUCGCGCAGACCUUCAUGGAUGCCUGCACCCUGGCGGACCACAAGCUGGGCCGGGACUCCCCCAUCAACAAGCUUCUGUAUGCUCGGGACAUCCCCCGGUACAAACAGAUGGUGGAAAGGUACUACACAGACAUCAGACAGACCAUCCCCGCCAGCGAUCAAGAGAUGAACUCCAUCCUGGCUGAGCUGUCCCGGAACCACUCUGGAGACCUAGGAGCACGAGUGGCCCUGCACGAACUCUACAAGUAUAUCAACAAAUACUAUGACCAGAUCAUCACCGCUCUGGAGGAGGACGGCACGGCCCAGAAGAUGCAGCUGGGCUACCGGCUGCAACAGAUCGCAGCGGCCGUGGAGAACAAGGUCACGGACCUGUAGGGACCCGGCGAGCCCUGCUGUCACCGCAGCCCUGCCUGGCCGCCCCGGCGCCUUGAGGGAGAGACACCUUCUUAGAUGCUGUAGAGCCUGACGAGCAGUUAGUGGGGGUGGCCCCAGUCUCCCGGUGGCCCUGCCCCGGCCCUGCUGGCCUUACCUCGCAAGCCUGUGGCCGAGAGCUGAUGGGGUGGCGCCUCGCCUGCUCCCCGAGCCCAGGGACCCUGUGGGCUGUUCUCUGUGAUGUCAGUCUGUGGGGGGCCCGGCACAGGCUCCCAGAGAGGGAGCCCCUGGGAGACGGUGCUGUUUCUGAACACUGGCCUUCAUCCCACCGGACCCAGGGAGGAAGGAGGGCCCACUCACUGUCUUGCCCUCCCCCCCAUCAGCCCUGACCUCAGUUUAGCUGCCUCCAGCUUUUGCUGCUGCCACGAUCCUAGGUCUGAGAGAUGACCGCCUCCUCCAGGCCACCGUGAACUGACCCCUCAGAAGGGGUACUGCCUUAGGGCCACGCUGCCUCAGGCAGCCAGUGGCGGGGCGUCUGCUGCAGAGGGCCUCGGGGAGAGUGGUGGCCACACUGACCCAGCUCUUCA